AUGUGCCUCACUGAUUUCUCCCUCCUUCUUUCUCCAACCUUGCAGUCAGAAACACGUAGACUAGCUAAAAAGUGUAACUGGACCGUGCACCAGGUGGAAAAAUGGUUCAGGCGAAGACGCAACCUAGAAAUCCCAACUCUGCAUAAAAAAUUCAAGGAAGCUUGUUGGCGAUGUUUAUUCUACAGUACUUCAUUUAUUGCUGGAAUUAUAUUUCUCUGUGAUAAAUCCUGGUUUUAUGACCUUUGGCAAGUAUGGCUCAACUAUCCAAACCACCCCAUGCUCCCCUCCCAGUAUUGGUACUACAUGCUCCAAAUGAGCUUCUAUUGGUCAUUGCUCUUUACUCUUGGAACUGACACUAAAAGGAAGGAUUUCAUGGCCCAUGUGGUGCAUCAUUUUGCUGCCCUUGGCUUGAUGUUCUGUUCCUAUAGUGCCAAUUACCUCCGUCUUGGAACGCUGGUGAUGAUUGUCCACGAUUCGGCAGAUAUCUGGCUGGAGGCUGCAAAGUUGUUCAACUAUGCUCACUGGGACAAUACCUGCAGUGUUCUGUUUGUCAUUUUCGCAGUGGUGUUCUUCAUCACACGGCUCAUUCUCUUUCCAUGUUGGAUUUUACGGGCCUCGAUAUAUUAUCCUGUGUUCUAUACCCAGACACUUGUCAUCGCAUAUUUUGUAUACAAUGGGCAGCUAUUGAUCCUGCAAGGUCUUCACCUCUAUUGGGCCUACUUGGUUUUCAAGAUUCUGAAGAAAUUCAUUUUUGUGAAGAAUGUUAAAGAUGAACGGAGUGAUGAUGAAGAAGAAGACUCCCUCAGUGAUACUGAAGAGGAAUGUAUGAAGAAUGGAAUGAAGAACGGAUUAAAUGAUCCUCUCCUAAAUAAUAAUAAUAAUAAUAAUAAUAAUAAUCAUUAUCAUCACAACAACAACACUAAUAUUAAUUAAUGCCCAGCCAAGACCAUCUCCUAGUGCCAUUAACUGCUGUGUCAUAAACCCAACACACCAUAAAGACUUUUAUAUCCACAUCAAAACCAAAAUCCAUGACUGGUUUUUAUUGCAGAUCUACAGCAGUCUAUAGCAGUCUACCUAGCAGAACUCACUUCUGAAAAAGAGUCUCCUUUGUAAUAUGCAGGCUAGAAGAUAUGCAAUGAAAUUAUUAUUAUUUUGAACACUCCAAAUGGUUAAGAAUGGGAAUGAAUUUAGAAUAUAACAUUUUUAGACUGAGAUCUUCGUGUAUUUAAAUUUUGAUAAGACUUAAAAACAGUCUGGACAAGUUUUUAAUAAUGUUUUUUUCAUAUAAUUUGAGAUGUGUGGCUUUAUACUGAUUUUAUUGACGAGUGGGAUGGUUUACACAAGGAAGAUCCAUGCAGUUGGAAUCUGCUUCAGUAAAAGAUUAACCACAUUUGAUCAACAGGCUACAUAGUGGUGGAUUCCAGAUAAAGACAGGAAGGUUUUAUCAAUCCUGCUCUUCCUCAAUUCAUCUCUUAUCAGUGAAGGCCCGGAUGUAAUUGUCAGAGGUAAUUGCCGUCCAGAAGUGAAUUAGUGCAAUGGUUUUAGAAUAUAUAUUUUAAACUUCACUGAUUCCUGAGUGUGCCUUCCAGUCAAUCUUGAGUUCUUGCAACUGCAUGGAUUUGACAACAUUUCUGGAAAUUGAUGUCCUAAGCCACCAGGUGUCAUUGAGACUGAGCUGGGUGAUCGUAUAACUUUUCUUGAAUAAAAAAAUCUUCCCUUGAUUGAGACUGAGUGACUGCUCCUCCCCCCGGCCCCCCACAAGUCAUCCAUCUGGCAUACUGCCUAAGCCAAUACUAGAACUCAUGGUCUAGUAUUUUUAACCACUACACCAAAAUGGGGUUCCAAAUACAUGGGACUAUUUAUAUAGAAAAUUAGCAAAGGGAUAUCCAGAUUAGGAUUAAAGCCACCUGCUUCAAUUGUAUUAAGGUCAACCUUUUUUUGAAUUCUUCCAACUCUGAUUUACUUUUUAUUUAUGCUUUGUCUUUCAUUAUAUAGUCUUGAUUUUCAUUCUUUGUGCUUUCUGGAUUGUU